UCUCCACAAAAUAUACCAUUGUUAUAUCUUUUCAUUGAACAUUAUAAUGAAUGCCACUGAUUCUGAUAUAGUAACAUUUGUAGUUUCCUAGUUCUAGAAUAGAUCUCAUGAUGCUGUACUGGGCAGUCUGUAUCAACAAUUUAGCCCAUUAGUUCUUAAAAACAUAUUUGGAAGGAAAUAUUUAUCAGCUUUCAUUGAAUCAGGGACUUUCAUUUUCUGUCUUUACUCUAUCCAGAGCACUGAAUCCUAUCUGUUUGAGUCAAGGGAGGUAAUUUCACCAUGUGGUUUUCCGGUUUGCACUGGAGUGUGUGCCCAUAGUUCUAAGACUUGCAUGCGAGAGAAGUGUUAUAGAUAAUGGUGAACAUAUUUGAUUGUAUUGAAUGUUUAUAGAAACAAACAGCAUGUUUAAGUGUGUGUGUGUCACUUAUUAAUAGUUGUUUUAUGCUUUAACUUGCAUGACCUGAAUAAUUUUCUGUAAGAGCAAUAGAAUACAUUGUGUGACUUAUACUCAAACAAUAUUGUUUUACAAGACUGCUUCAGCCUUGAGGAAAUGAUUGUCAAAUGAUACGAUUUUGUUGUUGAGAAAAAAAGACCCAUUCCACUGAUAAAAAAAACAGCCUCUCUUUUUUGUUUUAUGAUUGUAAACAUUUUAUGGAAUUAAAAAUAUGAAAAAUAUUAAUUCCACUGACAAUGCAUGUAUUUAAAAUACACUUUGAGUGUACAUUUUAUUGACUUUUAAGUUCAUUAUGCCUCUAUGAUGAUGCGAUUACUAAAUUAAUGUAUUCAAUAAUCCCACUGAAUGUUCUGUUGUUAAUUACUAUAAUCCUAUUACGGUAAAUAUCCUCUAAAUAUAACAAGAGGUGAAAGCGGAAAUGUCCUAUAUGCUUCUUUAUUAAAUAACAUAUAGAACCAUUUAGCUCUCACCUCUGGGUACAUAUUACAACAUGUUCAAUGAAGAUGUUAGUUUUAUGCAGGUAUACUAUUUUUUUUAUCAUUCACUUUACAAUGCCCGACAACAAAUACUGGGCUUUUUCUUGGAUUUGUCAUAUCUCUAAUGUGUAUGAGUGCUUUGUCAUUGGAAUUUAAAUUGUAUUAUCACACACAAAGUAUGACUUUAGAAUUAAAUCUUUAUCAGCUUUUGUACGACUCUAGCACAAGUAUGGGCACAAAGGGACUUAUCAAGACACUCACAUGCUAUAUUUGGUAAAACAAAGCUGCCUCUUAGAUAUGAAAUGACAAGAGAAUCAACUUGUUGAAUCAUAUUUCAAUAAUAUUUCAUAUUCAUAUUAUAACCUUUUGUCAACAUUAAUUGUUUGAUACAAAUUGAAUCCAUUUAUCUGUGAAAUUGAACUCUGCUUUAUUUUAACAAAUUUGGCAUCAGCCUGACAAUUAUUGUUAUUGUAGAUUUAAAUGUAUCAAUUCAUGAAGAAAUUUGUCAUAUUAAUAUUAUUACAAAACAUGGAUUUUCUUUUGAAUAUUAAAAUAACAUUUUAAUGAUGAUAUGGAAAGACGAACAUUUUUGUGACAAGAGUGUUCAUUAAAUGAAUUACUUAAGGCAUUUAGUUGCGUAAAUCUUUUCAAAUUUGAAGGGCAAAUCCCUUUUACGAGCUUGAUGAACGAGAUUAGGUAUAAAAUCAGAUAUGUUCACAUGAAUAAAAAUGUGCGAGGAUAGAAGACAAUGCAUGAAAUUUACUGUGAAAACUUUGUGACAUAUUAUAUGGAGAAUGGAAAUAGACUUUGUACAAAACUUUUUGAUGAAAGAAAGUAACAUUGUUAGCAGGAUUUAGGAAUAAUAUUGACAGUAGGUAGUGAUGAAAAUAAGAUAAUCAUGAGUACAUGGAUUAUACACUCAAAUCAUACUUCCUUUAACAGAUUCAGAAAAAAUAUGGAUGUUUAAAGAGAAAGAUAUGUUUUUCUACAAAUUGGAGCAAAUCUAAAAGAAAACUACACAAUUAUAUUCAUUACUUUAUAAAAGGCAUCAAAAUGGCUCUGUAUCCGUAUGGUGAUAUCCGACUAAUGGACAACUAUGAGCUGGCCCGGGCGUACUCCUGGGACGUUAGCUCAGCACUGAAACUGGUCAAGGUGGAAAUGCACAUGAAGCUGCAGGAGUACAACAACCAGGUCCUGCACGUGGUGCAAGAGCACAGCGCUGACAUCGGCAACUAUGAGAAGUUCCACCAUGACCUGUUUGGGCGACAAAAUGAAGCUGACCGAAGACGGGAAGCUGCCAGGCUUGCCCCGCCUGUGUUACCAGAUAUCGGGGCAGAGGAGGUGGAUGAGCGGAUCCUGGACCAGAUGAAGGAAAAGGAAGUGGACCAACUGGAUGUCCUCCAUCCAAACCUCAACAUGGCACUGCCCAGGAUUGAGCAAGAUGGCCACCAUAAAAAAGUUCAGUUUUCUGUGAAAAGUACCUUAAAGAAAAGUGGAUCAUCUGCACAGAGUUCAAACCCACUGUAUGCAAAGGAUAUCGACGUUCUAGUCCCUAAUGUAGACCACAGGACUGGUCACGUGAUACGGACAGGCGAUGCGGUGGUUAAGACAACGUUCAAGAGCGAGGUCAACUAUGAGACCGCGUACAGCGGUAUGUCUACGCGGAAGGUCAUCAUGGAGGAACGCAACGUCUACUGUGGGCCAUACAACGUCCUUGUGCUCUCUGACCUGGACGACCCACAUAGAGUGGUGCACACAGACGGUGGCAAGCUGAUUGCUGUUGGAUCCAAGGACCGAAAGGUACGGUUUAUAGACAACACAUCAGCACGGGAGCACAAGCGGAUGUCAAAGGGUGAACCGGGAGAGGAUGGAGAACUUCCUGUGAUCACUGGCCAUGCCGGGUCAAUACGGUGUGUCUGUAUCAUCGAAAAACAGGGCGUUGUACUCUCAGGCAGUUAUGACACAAGUAUUCGGAUGUGGAGUGUGAACACUGGUCACUGCCUUAAGAUAUUCCGAGGUCACCGCGACACCGUGCUCAUCAUCAGAGUCCUCGGGGAUAUCCUCAUCUCUGGAUCGAAGGACAAGUCUUGUAAAAUCUGGGAUCUGCAGACUGGAAAGUGCCAGAGGUCAUUCCGACAUCGUUACCCAGUGAAUGCUGUAGCCAUGUCAACAGAGGUGGUCAUCUCCGGGUGUGAGGGGGGCAAGGUCAAGGUCUGGGACCUCAAGUCUGGCAACAUUAUCAAGGUGUUGAGUGGCCAUCAUGAGAGUGUUACAGCCAUUCAGUUUGACCUCUACCACAUUGUGACUGGGGGUCGGGAUGGUUACGCGCUUGUCUGGAGCGCAAUUGGAGAUCACAAUCGCUGCCUCAACGCUCUACGCCAUCCCAAAGAGGUGCUAUGUGUUGAGUUUACCUACCUGCGCUGUAUCACCGGGUGUGCAGACGGGCGUAUACGAAUCUGGAAUAUUAUCAAUGGCACCUGCUGUAGAAUCAUGCGUGGGAACAGCCGCAGUGACCCCAUCCUUGGUAUCAUCGCUAUUGACAACAGGAUCACCAUCAACACUGCUGUGAACCUGCUGGUGCUGAACUUUGAGGAGGUGGAGUGGGACUAUACACUGGAGGAGGACAAGGUGCCACCUCUCGUGCAGUACUCCUCCUACACUGAUGCCCCUGUACGCCAACAGCCUUACCCUUACAUCAGAGCCCAACGAAUGAAGAGGGCUGGUGCAUCAAACACAAAGCUGUUACACAAGGAGGAGUCGGUGGAGGUAACAGGCAGGCUCCCAUUGCCCCAGAUGGCCUACCGGGCCACCCAGCUGCCCCACAGUGCUAAGACCCUCUCAGCCAAGAGCCUUGGGAGUGCCAAAAUGAUCCAGUCCGCUCCAGUGGAGAGUAUCAUCUCGCACAGGGAGAGUCGCUUUAAGAGUGCCACAACCCUAGAGAGGGGAUCAUCCUCCGUGCAAAGGGUGCCAACGUCGUCCUCCCAUUCAAAACCACCGCUCCCAAGCUCCUCAAAGUGCCGACCGAACACCUCCAAGUCUGGUGUGUCUGGAUACUCUGUCACCAUCAUGGAAGAAGCUGCAGAGCAGGACUAUGAGGCAGAGGAAUGGAGGGAACCAUACAGAUUGCGCAGGAGGAUCUCCUGGGCGUUUGAGCAUCCGCUUGUCCCGAAAACUAAAGAUAUCAGCCUUUCCGAGACGAAAGCCCUUUUGCGCUCACAAAUGAGAAUGAAGUCUGAAAGCAUUGUGCCUCCAGAUUUUAUAUAUUUAACUGUAAAUUCUAUUCAAAAUUCUCUGAAACCUAGUGAAGCUGGUAAUAACACUGAACGUAAUAUGUUAGACUCUAGAAAAGUUCAUUUAGACACACGAUUGCGUCAAAAUAGACCUUCUUCUUCACCUAGCAAGAUAGAUCCAAGAUCUAAAGCUCCUGUGGAAUCACUGUACUUUGCACAUUUUAAAGAAAAAACACAAGAGCUUGACGUCAUGUCAGAACUUUCAGAGGUACGUUCUGUGAAGUCUGUAAAAGCAGGAGAUGAAGUCCCUCAGACAAUAUCUAAAGAGAUCUAUUCCACAAAAUGUCAAGUUAAGCAUUUGAAGACUUCACCCAAGGUCAGUGUACACCCUAAACACAUUCGAACGACCCUACCUAAAGGCAGAUUAAUUCGACCAAUCUCUGCCUCUGUAACAAGGAAGGAGCCUGAAGAAGAAAAACAAGCUCGACCAAUCACAGCUCCCCAUUUGAGAGCACGACCUGACACUGCCUCCAGCCUUCCCUCCAAUAUCGCAUCCUCCAUGCCUGGUGCACAGCCUCACAGGAGGAAACAACAAAAUGUCUCCAUUUCAAAUACAGAAGCUAACAUUGUUCCUAUGCUCAUGUACCCACCUGAUAUGAGGGAGAAACUGGCCACACUCCUGAAAGAAAAGAGGCAACUGAGGCAUGACGACCAACUAGAAUCAGCCAGCGAAAUGGGGCUGGGAAAGGUCAGUCAGUAUAAUGACCCCAUGAGGACACAUGUGAAAUUUGAAUUGAGAACUCAUAAUCAAGAGCGUGAUUUUAUUGUGAAAACUGAGCAGCUCCACCACGAAAGACAGAAAAGAGAUGACAUUCUUCAAGAAAGGAAGAAACGCCACCUUUGGACAGCCAAGGCGAAAGGUCGCUGUGUUAAAUCUGCUCCCGGAGGAUUAGGAGAGGGGGAUGGGAUUUAAAUUUACAAUUAUGGCUUUGUUUAUAGAAGUGAUAGAUCUUUCAUUUUCUGAUGGCAUGUUUGUAAGUUUAGGUUAGCAUUUGAAUUAUUUCAAACAAGACUUUUUCUACCAUAUCGCCAAUCCACAUGUAACAAUCUUUUAUACAGCAUUGGUCUUCAGUAUAAUGCUUUGUGAUUGUUUGCAUUAGGGGAAUAUGAUUUUAAUUGUAAGCUACAAAAGUAGAUGACACAGUCAGAUUCAUGAAAAUCUAAGUUGAAUAUUGAGUAAACUCACUACUUAUAAAAGUUUAGAUGCAGUAGGGAUUUGCUAAUUUCUCUCUUUUUGAACAUGGCACAAAUAUAUUAAGAUUUUCUACACUGUAGAGCAACAAAACCAGUUAUGACUUGGAUAUAUAUAUUAAGGAAAAACAAUAACAUUUGCUUAAAAUAUAUACAAAUUACAUGAUGAAAACAGAUUGUUACUAUUAGAACAUAUAUAGUUCUAUAUUUCAUAAUUUUGUUUUGAAUGUUUUCAUAAGAAAUACAGUGAGGAAUAAUUUCUUUAUUUUAUUAACUGUUGUGAUAUAUAGAAUUGUUUUUUUCUGAUUGUUAAAGUUGUUAUUUUCAUGUUGAAACACAGGCUGCUUUUCCUUCCUGUAGGUUACUAUUUUAAAACUCACUUUAUAUCUUAAAGUGAACUGUAGUGUCAAAAAACGAUUUAUGUGUCAAAACAAUUUUACACAUCAUUUACUGAUAUAUCACAUAUGUAUUUUAAUGCUUUACAUUUUCUAUAAUAUAUAUCACCAGUUAUUACAGCAUUUUGUGUAUCAUACCAGAUUGCCUUAGAAACACUUUGUCAAAUGAUUUUCUUGUUAAAUUGUUGACUAUCUAUACCAAGUAUUACAAUACUGCCAAAUCAUAUGUAUAUUUUAAUGUGAUCUUUAUACACAGGUUGACUUACAUGUAGCAUUGACAAUGUCUGUGCAUCUGUUAUUUUUAUUAUUUAUUAUUAUCAAUUGUUAUUAAUUCAAGAGAAAAUGUUUUAUACAGGGUUGAAAGUGUAUUGGAAUGAUCUUAUUCUCUUUAGUACAAAUUAAAUGGCUAAUUGAGACAUAUAGUGUGCCGCAAAGCAAUUGUGAAGUUAUCAUCAAUUGAGAUAGCUUUAAAUUAUAAGCAACAUUUUUAUGGUCUGACUAAAGUGAAUUGUCCAAAGGCAAAAUGUGAUGAUUUUUUUUUAAAAGUUUAAAAUAGGAUGAAAUAACACAUGUAUGCAUUAUCGUUUUUGAGCACUCUGUAAGUUACAUAGACUUUAGAUAGACCAUCUACUGAUGAAAUACCUUUAUACACCUUGCUGGUAAUAUAUACAUAUACUACAUUUCAUUUGAAUAUCAAUACUUUUGUGUGAUUGCAUCUCAGUCUGUUGUCUCAAGAUUCUGUGAUAAUUUAUAACUUAUAAUUUAUUUGUAACCUUUUUAAGUAUUAAAAUAAGGAAAAAUG